AAACAGGUAAAAAUAGCUCUUUAAGGCAACAAUUGCAGGUAACGGCUUUUUAGAGUGUAAUGAUCAUAUAAUAGCCUAUUACACUAUGUGUAUAAACAUUUUUAAUUUAUUGUAAUUUAUUCAUUAGAUCUAGCUAUAUGCACUGUAUUUUUAUAAUUUCGUCAUAAUUAUCUUUAUUUCCAACAAUUAAACUUAGACGCAUGAAUUUGUCUCAAGUUUUAGAUCUCAAGCUGACUAUCUGCAACGAAAAUCUAAUUUGUUGAAAGAAUGCAAGACCUUUUUCACUGAAAAACAAUAAUAAACAAAUAAAAACGUUUCAGAUGGCUGUGUGCGGAAAUAAAAUCGAUUUUCAUAUAACAUGUUUGCAGAAAAUGUGCCUUUGUCGGCAAAACAAGUAACUAAGAAAUAAUUUAACAGACGCAGUGCGUUGUUGAAUUUGUCGCCGCAACUUUCAUAACUGCAACUGUUGAAUAUCUCAAAACAUAUUGUACUAGAACACUGCACAUCCGAAUGGACAACUUUGUCCUGCUGUAAAGCUUGCACGGCCGCUCUGCAAAGUGCACGCGCCAACCUCUCCUCAGCCAUCUCUGACGCACUUAGCACGACUCGUAUAAAUGAAUUCACUUCGUCACUGGGCGCCAAUGAUAGCAGCUCGAGCGUGCGGCACUUCCUGAGCCCGGAGCCCGCCAUGCGUCUUCAGAGCAGCGAGGUGACCGGCGCGUGGGACUCUGAGUGACCGCUCUCACCAUGGAGGGUUACACCAACACCACAGAAAGCCAAGACUGGAGCGGGAACGCGACGGCAGUUGGCGAAGUUGCUUUGAGUUACCAAAUAAUCGGCUCGCUUUUCCUGGCCGCGUUAAUUCUGUUUGCCAUAUUGGGAAACGCGUGUGUCAUCGCUGCAAUCGCCUUGGAGAGAUCGCUUCAGAAUGUGGCCAACUAUCUCAUCGGCUCCCUGGCCGUCACAGACCUCAUGGUGUCGGUUCUAGUGCUACCCAUGGCAGCCCUGUAUCAGGUUCUGAACAAAUGGACUUUGGGACAGGAGAUGUGUGAUAUUUUCAUCUCUCUAGACGUGUUGUGCUGCACCUCUUCCAUCCUGCACCUGUGCGCAAUCGCUUUGGAUAGAUACUGGGCCAUCACCGAUCCCAUAGACUAUGUGAAUAAAAGGACCCCAAGACGAGCGGCUAUCUUGAUCAGCCUAACUUGGCUAAUAGGAUUUUCAAUUUCCAUUCCUCCCAUGUUGGGCUGGAGGAAACCAGAGGACCGGGCAGAUCCCGACGCGUGCACAAUCAGCCAAGACCACGGGUACACCAUCUACUCAACUUUUGGAGCUUUCUACAUCCCCCUCAUCCUCAUGCUGGUCCUCUACGGGCGGAUAUUCCGAGCGGCGAGGUUUCGCAUAAGGAAAACCGUGAAGAAAACCGACAAAGCUAAAAUCGCGGAUAAUUGCCUGGCUGUGUCUCCGGCGCUGUUCCCGAGGAAAGCGAUCGGCGAGGUGAGCAAAACUUGGAGGCGAAGCGUGGAGCCGCAGCCGGGCUCAUGCGUAAACGGAGGGCUGAAACACUCGGACGACGGAGAGUCGUUCGAGAUUACAGAAGUUCAGACCGUCUCCAGAAACCACCUGAGCCUGCCCAACAACCCUCAGCCGUGCUUCGAGAGCAGAAACGAGAAAAACACGGAAGCGAAGCGCAAAAUGGCUCUGGCCAGAGAGCGCAAAACGGUUAAGACUCUGGGGAUCAUUAUGGGCACGUUCAUUUUCUGCUGGCUGCCCUUCUUCAUCGUGGCGCUUGUUUUGCCUUUCUGUCAAGACUGUUUCAUGCCGGAGUGGUUGAGGGCGGUCAUUAACUGGCUCGGAUACUCCAACUCACUUUUGAACCCCAUCAUAUACGCGUACUUUAACAAAGACUUCCAGAACGCAUUCAAGAAGAUCUUGAAAUGCAAAUGUAUUAGACAGUGAACGAUGCUGUUUAACGGAUGCUAACAUGCAGAUAUUGAUUGUUAAAGAACUGCUCUAAAGGCAUUAAUACGAACGGACCCAGUGCGGGACAGUACAGCACAAGAAGAGGUAGAGCUCUGUCCUUGUGUAUUUGUUUAUCUGCUUCCACCACAAAAGAAAAAAAAAGAGAAAAAAAAAACAACCAAAUAAACAAAAACAAAACAAAACAACAACAACAAAAAAUCUUGGUGCAUAUACAACUGGAUGGAUUCCGACAAGGACUCUCAGGCUAGCUGUGUGCAUUAAAUAAUAAAGCCCUUAAACAACAAAAACAAACAAAAAAAGGUUUUUAUUUUACUGUACAUGAUGAAAGCCACCUUUCUCCAAGCAGGUAGCUGUGGUGGGAUUGUAAGCACACAGAGAUGUCAAGAUCCAGCAGAUCAUUUAUGUAGAAAAAUGUAAUGUGAAACCAUUUCUCAUUUCUAUUUAUUUUCAGCAGUUUUCUUAUAUGACAUAGACUGACUGGAAAUACCUUGAAAUAAAACAUAAAUCUAGAUCAUAAAAAUGGACUGUAUUUGAAUCAUUGGAUUUGGGGUGGGAUGGGGCUCUUUCAUGAGGU